AUGGCAACAUCAACAGCGGCUACUCUGCCGAAGGGUUCCCCAUUGCUACCGCCAGCGCCAGCCCCGCCAACCCCGCCAGUGCCACAAUCACGAUUUCUCGCCCUGCCCACGGAGAUCGUGAUAGAUAUAGUCGCUCACCUCUCCGACGACCGCAACGCACUGUGCAACCUCGCUCGAACUUGCCGCUUCCUUCAACCACUUAGCGAGGAGCACAUGUACAAGUCCGUCGAGCUGUUCUCGACCAAUGUCAUUCCCUCGCUGCUCCUCGCCUUCGCCCAUCGACCUGCCCGCGUCGAAGCUGUGCAGUCGCUCAAAAUUCUCUACAGAUACAAGCAUGACUUAGGAAUCACCCUGUCUGAUCGGAAGGCCUUGAAUGCAUAUGUCAUCAAGAUGAAGGGCUUGAAGGAUUGGCAUGUCGAGAGCCCAUAUGACAACUUCAAAUGGGGAGAUGUAGGACACGAGUGGGUCGAUCAUGACAUGGAGCACUUUCGGAAAGCCCUAGAAAACUCCUGCCUCCAUUCAGGGCAACCAUUGUGUGCUGAUGUUGGCUUAGCAAGGCUAGAGAAGUUCGUCCUCCACUCACACGGCCCCCAUUCCGACUUUUGGAAUCUGGGUGGCUUUCAUUGUCUAUUCCGGCAUCCUUCACUUCGCUAUCUUCAUGUUUCCUGCGUCAACCUUGACUGUGGUCUCUCAGAGCUCGAAAAUUACCAAGGCACGACACCGCUCACAACCCUCAUAUUCGAUGAAUGCGACAUCUGGUUCGAUUCCCUUAUGGGUAUCAUGCGUACCCCUAAAUCUCUCAAAUCUCUCACGCUCGGCGAAAAUGUCCACAACAAGCGUGACAGGCUCCCUUCGCCGAAGCUGUCAGCACAGCCCGAGGUGACAUUAGAAGCAUUGGCGCCAGUCGCACACUCCCUGGAAACGCUGGUGCACUUCCAUCCCUCAUGGUCGACGAAUUUCGACCCAGAAAAUUCUAGAAUGAUCAAGCUUCACGGAGACGGUAUGCGGAAGUUUCACGCCCUAAAGUAUCUAGAAUGCGAUCCCUGUUCCUUCUUCUUCCGAGGCGUCUUACUCAAUCCAACAUUAGCUCCCCCAAAUCUGGAUACCUUCCGAAUGCGACGCCCGCGGACAGGAGUUGAAGGCAACUUCUUCGACCAACUCCCUGAUAUUAAUCCCUACCUUCGCCUUCCAUCUCUCAAGACAUUUGAGCUCGUGCAACCGUCGGAUGACAUGAUUUCACCCUGGGCCAUCUCAAAUUACGUAUGCGAGUGCGAGCGGGUCCGAGAGCGCCAUGCUCAUGGGUUCAAGCUCCAUCAACAUGGAAUCCAGAUGAAGAUGUACAUCGAGAUCAUCCUCAAGAAAGGCCUGAUCCCUCCGUAUCUUCAUGGGGAGGCAGUGCCUCGACCUCUAUGCCUUUACGACUCUGAGAAGGUUGGCUUUUGUCGCGUGGUGGAUGAUAGAGGAGAGGAUGAGUGGGAAUUAGAUCAAUACGGUCCUAUGAACAUGAUCCAUUGCAACCAGGCCGAAUCUUCCCUCGAAUCUGUUACGGAAAGAGAUCACGGUCCCGAGUCCUUCGAAUUUCAGGGAGAGAAUUAUCGACGACCCACUCCCGACCCGACCACAGAGGGAACUGACAAGAAAGUCCCUGUCGAGAGCAAGGACAAGCCCUCACAGCCCAUCAUAACCGACGAGCUCGGCCGACGUGACAUCCUACAGAUGAAGCGCGACAUCCGCCGCACCCUCCUCAACUUCAUGCUCCCCGAACAAACCCUCGAUCUCGAUGAUUCCGAAAUGGACUCUAUAUAUGCUUCCGAUUCCGACGACGGCUUAGAUCUUGACGACGAGUUUCCUGACGAUCUCGACGGCUUAGAUGAAGAUUAUUUAAAUCACUUAGAGGCUGACGAGGAGUUUCUAGAUAUGGAUUUCGCGGAUACGCAUGACUACUUUUGGUGA